CACUGGACCUUUAAGUGGCCGGAGAGUGAUGUCGUAUUUACGAGCCUGGUGGUACAAAUGUCCGAGCAGCGCCUGAACGCGCCGCAGUGUGUGUCGAGGACCGACUUGCUGACUGACGGUUGUUCUCGAUGCUGUGACACCAAAAACAUCAUGGAGAGCUUCACAGAGGUCGCAGCCACCAACUCCUCAGCACGCACUUACUCCCAGGUGGUGUUCACGGACAUCCCGCAAUCAUACCCGCCGUCAACCCACAUCACCUGCAGCUACACCCUCACCGCAGCCUUCCAGCCCAACCCCAGGGACUGGGUGGGCAUCUUUAAGGUGGGUUGGAGCACAACAAAGGAUUAUCAUACCUUUGUGUGGGUGGAGCCAUGCCUGGAUGUGGUCGAGCAGCAGUCUGUGACAAGGCAGGCUGGUUUUAAAGAUUACUACCUGCCAAAGGAUGAGAUCGAGUUCUACCAGUUCUGCUACGUCGACAGUACUGGCCAGGUACGAGGAGCCAGCACUCCUUUCUGUUUCAGAAACCCAGUGGAGCAAAACAUGGACAGCAACUCGGAUGACGACCUCCUGGUUAUCACGACACAGGAACAGGUCGAGCAGAGCGUACGGGAGAAGGCCGAGCUGCAGAAAGAAUUGACUCUGAUAAUGGAGGAAAACGAAACCUUGAAAAGAGCUCUACAGAAGGAACAGCAGGAUGCCGUCAGCUUUAAGGACGAGAACGAACAGAAAGAGAAAGAAAAGAGUCAGCUGCUCAAAGAACUGGAUCAAAUCAAGGAGCAAAAUGAAAACUUAAAGAGCACCUUACAGGAACGGCAGAAAGAAACGGACCACUUAAAGGAGGAGAUGACCCAAAUAACGAAGCAGAUGGAGAUACGAGAGCGUAAAGCUGCUGAGGAAAAAAUGAGUCAAAGCUUGAGUUUCGACGAAGCAGCAAAACAAACUGAGACGCACGCUCAGGGGAAAUACGACCGAGCUGUGAUGAAGAUCAACCAGCUCAAAGAGGAGCGUGAGGAGCUGAGGGGGAAGGUCGAUGCUCAAAGUCUGGAGAUCUGCACGCUAAAUUCCAUAAUCAGAGAAAAAGAAAGGGAACUGUUCAAAGUGAAAGACAACAUCCAGCUCCUGCAGGUUGAUCUCAAGAGCAGCAUGAAAGCGAAUGAGAAGCUCACUGCUGAGCUGCUGAGGUUGCAGAGCCUUGCACACAACAUGGACGACAUGAAGAAACAGAACCAGGAGUUAUGCAGGAGGCUGUCGCAGCAGGAUACACCGCCGAACAGCUCAGAAGAUGAUCUGAGGGAGCAGUGUCAGACUCUCACCCGCAAGCUGCAGGACACUCAGGCCAAGUUGGCGGCUGAGAAGGAGGAGUCCAAAAACAUCAGGAGCCGAGUGGAGUAUCUGGACAGAGAGAUGAUGCAACUCAGGGAGCAGCUAGAGGGCGUGAUCUCAUCCUAUGACCAGGCUAACCGGAAAUGUAACAAACAAGAGCUACAACUCAGAGAGGCCCACGAAAAGAUUGCAGAGAAAGAAAGCGAAAUUGAAGACAAGGAUCACUUGAUCACGCUGGUGCAAAAAGAGAGAGAGGACCUCGUGAGAGACAACCAGAGUCUCACCAAUGAUAUUGAGGCGCUACGGAGAGCCUACGCUGACAUCCAGGCGUCUCCCCCCGCCGAGUCGUCAUACAUGCAGCCUGACGUCACCUCGCCAGCUGGCACUGCGCCCGCCGGCCAAGACUGGCAGCAGCUGGAGUCACCUGAACAGACUGAGAACCUGUAUGAGACCAUAGGGAGCGUUGCCGACCAAGAGGAAGAGUCGCUGGUGUGCCGUCACUGCCAGGAGAGGUUCCCUCUCAUAACCCAGCAGGAACUGGAGCAGCACGAGCAGAGUCACAGAGUCUGUCCCUUCUGCACGAUGAUCUGUGACAACAUGGAGCAGUCUGUGUUUGAAGAUCACGUCUACAGCCACGAGGUGUGAGAAUGGGCGCCGGGUCCAAAGGUCCCGUUGGGUAUCACUCAUGUGUUGGGGGGGGUAAAAAAAAAAAAAAAAGGUCUUACAGGUUGGGUUGUAUGUAAAAGGACGUGCUGUUUUCUUUUUCUUUAUGCACAUUUUUUACUAAUUUACUCCAAAUGACAAAUUUACUUUAUUCUUGAUUAUUUUCCGAAGCACACUGAAGUUUGGUUCUUCACCACAGCCAUUAGUGUCCAUCAUGUGUCCAGUAUGCAGUGAGAAUCAGCUGGCAGAGACUUGAAACCUGCCUGAGCUACGUAAUCCAUCGCAGUGAACAUCAUGUCCUCAUUUAUUUUAGGUCAAAUGUUGUCUAAUGAUUGCGCAGUGAUGCAUUUAAAAGUGGGGAUGGAUUGGAAAGGUCUGCGGUGGAUUACCACACAGGUGGGUCUGGGUAUCGUUUGCCAGUAAGAUACCUCCAGAGUGCCUGUGCUGAUACCCAAAAAUACAAAACCCCUUUAUUGUGAUUCAACAAUAGAAGAUAAAAUUGUCGUCUGAACACAAGCAGACGUGUUUUGCCUGAACAAAAUAGUAAAAUUGGCCUCAUGUUAGGAAAUAAAACGUCUGUGCAGCCAACGAUUUAAUAAAAAUAUGGAAAACUUGUAUUUUAAUGAUUUUAAAUCAGGAAUUACCUGUUUAAAGAAAUACGUAAGAUAAUAAACAAGAUAAUAGAUCCGACCAGAUGUUUGAUAUCAGCUUUUUGGGAAGAUCUUUUGGACACAUUUUGGUCCCCAGGGUCACCCAGCCCUACAGAACACUUGAAUAAAAGUAGGCAUGAUCUUAAUAGUUAGGAAUUACCUAAAAUUAGAGGAAAAACAUGUUAAAAAACAACCUUUGGUAUGCUUUGGAAAAUAAAACAGCAGGAAGGUAAAUAUAUAUUUGUAGUAAAUAGGCUGAAACAUGCUUGAAAUAGUUCCUUUUUAAAGAGAUGAAACUUUAAAUAUUAAUGAAGCAUGGCACAUUUAAAACUUCACAUAUUAACCCCAGUUCUCCUUCUACAGUAUAGCUUUGAACUUAAUCAUCUCUCAAGGGCGAAAGUAACUGGGAUCGUACCGAUGUAUGGAUUUAUUUCUGUUGAAUUUAAAAUGUAUGACAGAACGAAUUGUUGGUGAGGUUAAGCAAACGUAAACAAGCGAAUUUAUGUCAAUAAUCAGUUCAAACGAAUGAAUGUAAGUGUGUUUAAUGCUGACAAUAAAAAAAAAUUAAAUGCA